AUGGCCUCCUCCGCCUCUCUCACCAUUGCCUCCUCCACCUCUUCCACCAUGGCCUCCUCCUUCCGCCGCCAGUCCGUCGAGCAGCUCCCGGCGUUCGCCGUCAUCGCGCCCGACGACAAGCGCGGCGCCCUCUGGAUCGCCGUGCUGCUCAGCCUCAUCUUCGUCGCCAUGACGCUCGGCGCCCGCCUCUACGUCCGCAAGCACAUGCUCGGCCGCGACGACUUCGCCGUCCUCGCCGCCGUCGUCCUCGCCGUCGCCCAGUACGCCGCCCUCUUCGCUGGCAUGCCCUCGGGCCUGGGCACCUCGAAGCGCUCCGUCACGGCAGGCAACGAGCACAAGAAUGGAUCGCUCCUCCUCGCCUCGCAGGCCAUCUUCAUAUGUGGCCUCUUCAUGGCCAAGCUCGCCGUCCUCCUUGCCACCGAGCGCCUCCUCGCCGCCACCAUGCGCACCGUCCGCCGCAUAUGCGUGGUCAUCCGCGCCGCCAUCAUCGCUGCCGCCUUCGCCUCCAUCCUCCUCAUCAUCGUCAGCUGCCCGACCCGCGGCCUGCUACCCUCCUCCUCUGCCAACACCACAGCUCCCCAUCGCCACCACCCUCGACGGUGCGCCGGUCUCGGCCAGCGCUGGCUUAUCAUAGCAAUUCUUGACGGAAUCACCGAGCUCGCCGUCCUCUGCGUCUUUUACGGGCUCGUCUGGUCUCUCCAGAUGCGCACGACCCGCAAGUGGGUGCUGACUGUGCUACUAGGGUUGAGAAUUCUCUGCCCUGUAUUCACGAGCAUCUACACCAUUUCCAUCAAGGCCUACGCCUCCAGCACCGACCCCCAGGUCGGCGUGACCUCGCCGCUCGUCUGGCAGCAGGUCGCCCUCGGCUACUCCCUCAUCGCCGCGCUUCUCAUCGCCCUCGUCCCCUUCCUGCGGAGCUUCCACACCGGCAUGGUCAUGAAUGUGCAAAACAUGAGCGGCAGCGGCAGUCACAACAACUCUGCCGCUGGCGGCGGCGGUGGCGGUGGUGGCGCGUGGGGCAGCUCAGCGCGCUCCCGCGACAACGUCUACCGGCUACGGAACCUGUCGAAGAACGCCGGCACCGGCACCGGCACUGGCGUUACCCUUAGUGGAGGGGACACGAGCACCAGCAGCAACAAGGACACCGGCAGCAGUAAGGAUGACAUGCCGCGCGGCGUCGUGCCCCUGUCCGAGACGGAGGUGACGCGCUCCGCGAACCGCUCCGACGACGGCCAAUCCGGCAGCUCGGUCGACGGCCAGCAGCAGCAGGAGCCGAUGGUCAUACAGAAGACGGUCGACUGGUCCGUCCGGUACGAGGAGGGCGCCGCCGGGGGUCUACAGCACCCCGGCCUGCCCGGGUACCUGAGCAACAGCAGCGACCCGGCGGCGCACCGCUAA